AUGUCUGGCAGAGCCCCAUUCACCUUCACUAUGAGGGGAAUCAUACUUGCACUAGUGCUCACCCUCGUAGGUAGUCAGAAGCUUGACAUCGACCCUGAGUUCAGUAGCAGAAAGAGCUACCUGUACAGUUAUGAAGGCUGGGUGUUGAAUGGGCUUCAAGAAAAGAAUUUAGCCAAAGCCGGCGUGCGCCUGAGCUGCCAACUAGAGAUCAGUGGGCUGUCAGAGAACACCUACCUCCUCAAGAUCCGCUCUCCACAGCUCGAGGAAUACAAUGGCAUCUGGCCCAGGGACUCAUUCACUCGAUCUUCCAAAAUCACCCAGACGGUUUCCUCGUGCCUUACCCGGCCCUUCAAGUUUGAAUACAGCAGUGGACGGGUUGGAAGCAUUUAUGGCCCAGAAAACUGCCCUGAUACUUGCAUUAACAUAGUGAGAGGAAUACUGAACAUGAUACAGAUCACCAUUAAAAAGUCACAGAAUGUGUAUGAAUUGCAAGAGGCUGGGAUUGGAGGUGUUUGCCACACAAGGUAUGUCAUCCAGGAGGACAAGAAGAACAGCCGAGUCUCUGUUACCAAAACUGUAGACCAGAAUAAUUGCCAGGAAAAAGUGGUGAAGAGCCUUGGAACGGCUUACAUCUACCCCUGCCCUGUUGACGCGAUGAAAGAAAGGAUCAUCAAAGGGACUGCAGCUUUCUCGUACAAGCUGAAGCAGACAGACAGUGGUACCCUGAUCACAGAGGUGGUGUCUCAGCAGGUGUAUCAGAUCUCACCCUUCAGUGAACCCACCGGUGUCGCUGUCACGGAAGCAAAACAGCAACUCACCUUGCUUGAGGUGAAGAGUGAACGGGGGAGCUCCCCAGACAUCUCCCUGCAGAGCUACGGAGGCCUGCGAUACCAGUUCCCAGCAGUGCUGCCACAGAUGUCAGUGCAGCUCAUCAAGACAAAAAACCCUGAGCAACGGAUAAUCGAAACCCUGCAACACAUAGUCCUGAAUAACCAGCAAGAUUUCCAUGAUGAUCUUCCAUACCGUUUCCUGGAGCUCGUCCAGCUCUGCCGCACAGUCAGCGCUGACACUUUGGAGUCCAUCUGGAGGCAAUGUUCAGAUAAACCCCGCUACAGGAGAUGGCUGCUGAGUGCAGUUUCUGCGACAGGCACUACAGAAGCACUCAAAUUCCUCAAGAGCAGAAUCCGCAGUGAUGACCUUAGCUACUUUCAGGCUCUUCUAAGUGUUCCCUUUGCUCUCCAUUUAACAAAAGCUGAUGAACACACUGUUCCAAUAGCAGCAGAUUUAGUGACAAGUUCUCGAAUCCAGAAAAAUCCUAUGCUUCAACAACUUGCCAGCUUGGCCUACAGUUCUGUGGUGAAUAAAUACUGUUCACAGACCUCAUCUUGUCCUAAAGAAGCUGUCCAGCCCAUCCAUGACCUGGCAGAUGAGGCAAUCAGCAGGGGCCGUGAGGACAAAAUGAAAUUAGCUCUGAAGUGCAUUGGCAACAUGGGAGAGCCAGCCAGCAUCAAGCGCAUCCUGAAGUUCCUUCCCAUAUUUUCAUCCAGUGCUUCUGAUAUCCCCAUCCACAUCCAAAUUGACGCCAUAAUGGCCUUGAGAAAAAUUGCUUGGAAGGACAGCAAAACAGUGCAGGGAUAUCUCAUCCAGAUUCUGGCUGACGAGUCGCUGUCCCCCGAAGUGCGGAUGAUGGCUUGUGCUGUUAUCUUUGAGACAAGACCUGCCCUUCCCUUAAUAACAACCAUUGCCAAUGUGGCCAUGAAGGAGAGCAAUUUGCAAGUGGCCAGUUUUGUGUAUUCCCAGAUGAAGGCUUUGUCCAAGAGCAGGUUGCCCUACACGUACAACAUAUCUUCAGCUUGCAAUAUUGCCCUUAAGCUGCUGGCCCCCAAAUUGGACAAGCUGAGCUAUCGCUACAGCAAGGUCAUACGUAUUGGUGGUUACUUUGAUAACUAUAAAGUUGGUGCUGCUGGAGAUGUCUUUGUUAUGAACAGCCCAGGAACGAUGUUCCCAUCAGCAAUAAUUUCCAAGCUGAUGGCAUAUUCUGCAGGAUCGGUGGCUGAUUUGGUGGAGGCUGGUGUCCGUGUGGAAGGCCUCACAGAUGUCCUCGUGAAACGAAAUAUCCCAUUUGCUGAGUAUUCCACCUACAAAAAGAUAAAGGAGAUUGGAAAAGCUCUGCUGGGAUGGAAGGAGCUGCCAACAGAAACCCCCUUGAUCUCAGCCUACUUUAAACUCUUUGGCCAAGAGCUGGCCUACAUCAACAUCAACAAGGAAGUUAUACAACAGGCUGUGAAGGCCGUGCUGGAGCCUGCCGACAGGAGCGCGGGGCUGAAGAGGCUGGCGGCCCAGCUGCGCAGCGGCGUCGCGGGGCAGUGGACACAGCCCGUGUGGCUGGGAGAGCUGCGCCACAUCCUCCCCACCUGCACCGGGCUGCCCCUGGAGUACAGCUCCUACAGCACUGCCACAGCCAGGGCUGCGCUCAGCGUUGAUGGAAAGAUAGCUCCCCCUUUAACUGGAGAUUUUAAACCUUCACAGUUGCUUGAAUCCACUGUGCAGAUUCGUGCUGACAUAACCCCCAGCUUAUACAUACAGAAAUUUGCAACAAUGGGUGUCAACACAGAAUACUUCCAACAAGUUGUGGAAAUUCAAGGCAAGGUCCUGACAAGAGUGCCAGUGAAGUUUGAUGCCAAGAUAGACCUGAAGCUGAAAAAUAUAAAGAUUGAAACAAAACCAUGCCGUGAGGAAACUGAGAUAGUGGUUGGAAGCCAUAAAGCUUUUGCUGUAUCAAGAAAUUUAGGAGAACUAGAUGUUGAAAAGAGAACCUCAAUUCUCCCAGGAGAUGCUUCAUCAAAUAUUGUGGAAGAACCUUUCAAACCAUCAGAUAGAGCUUCCAGUGAAGAUUUCACAAAGCAAGAAGCUGACAGCUCGUCAAAGAAAAAUGGCUAUAGCUCUCAAGAGGAUCUUCGCCACAUCACGGGAAGAAAAUCUCACAAACAAGACAUCUGCGUCAAGCUGCAUCAUCUGGGGUGUCAGCUCUGCUUUUCCAGAAAGUCACGAGAUGCCAGUUUCCUAAAAAAUACAUAUUUGCACAAACUCAUCGGGGAACACGAAGCUAAAGUAGUCUUGACCCCAGUUGAAACAGAUGCUGGUAUUGACAAAAUACAGCUGGAGAUUCAGGCAGGAUCCAGAGCAGCUUCCAAAAUAAUUCAUGAAGUAAAGUCGGAGUCUGAGGAAGAGGGUGAAUCAUCUCUGCAUGAGGACAUUCAAGCUAAACUGAAGAAGAUUCUAGGCAUUGAAAGUGUGUUCAAGAUUGCAAAUAAAACACGACACCAGAAGAAGAAACCUUCAAAGAAAGAAAACACUAUGCUUCCAGACCUUGGGGCAGACCCCGAUACAAAAGAUCCCUCCAGCUCUUCUGCCUCCUCAGCUGUCUCCUCUUCCUCAUCAUCUGCUGUUUCUCCUCGUAGUAAAGAGGCUGGUGAUGAAGAUAAGAAUGAUCAAGAAGAGCAAGCGAAAAACAAGGAUGCAAGCAGCAAGAGCAGCAGCAGCAGCAGCAGAAGCAGCAAGAGUAGCAGCAGCAAGAGCAGCAGCAGAAGUGGUGGCAGAAGUAGCAAGAGUAGCAGCAGUAGUGGCAAAAGUAGCAAGAGCAGUAGCAGUAGCAAGAGCAGUAGUGACAGAAGUAGCAAGAGUAGCAGCAGCAGUGACAAAAGUAGCAAGAGUAGCAGCAGCAGUGACAAAAGUAGCAAGAGUAGCAGCAGCAGUAGCAGCAGUGACAAAAGCAGCAAGAGUAGCAGUAGUAGCAGUAGUAGUAGCAGCAGCAGCAGUAGUAGCGAGAGGAGCAGUAGCAGCAGCAGCAAGUCAUCGAGUCAUCAUAGCCAUGGGCAUCACUCGAGAUACGUGAACAGCAGCAGCAGCAGCGAAUCACUGAGCCACCAUAGCCAUAAACAUCAUUCAGGACAUCUGGAAGGUGGCAGCAGCAGCAGCAGUGCAUAUUCCAAAAUAUGGGAAGCUCAUGAGAUUUAUCAGUACCGCUUUAAAUCACUGCAUAAACAAGAGUUCCCAGAAAGUAAACUCCCAGAUGACCAAAUUAGCAGCUCACAUUCCUCUGCCAGAUCCAGUCGUGCCUCAUCUCGAGCUUCAUGGCCAAAGUUUUUGGGAGAUGUUAAAGCACCAGUAUUAGCAGUUUUUCUGCAAGGCCUCCGUGAUGAUAAGAAGAUAGGAGGCCUCCAGCUCGUGGUAUAUGCUGAUAUUGACUCCAUCAAGCCCCGGGUGCAGGUAUUUGUGUCAAACCUCACAGAUUCAAGCAAGUGGAAGCUCUGUGCUGAUGCUUCAGUCCUCAAUGCUCACAAGGCAGCGGCUUACCUGAAAUGGGGACGGAAUUGCCAGGACUACAAGGUUUCAUCUGAGCUGGUAACCGGGAAGUUUGCUGCCCACCCUGCUGUUCAGGUGAAACUGGAGUGGCCUAAAGUGCCUUCCAGUGUCAGAUCCAUAGCAGAAUGGUUUUACAAGUUUGUCCCCGGGGCUGCAUUUAUGCUGGGGUUCUCUGAAAAAACAGAUAAGAAUCCUUCUCGACAAGCCAAGGUGAUCGUGGCUCUAACUUCUCCGAGGACAUGUGAUGUUGUUAUCAAGCUUCCUGAUGUUACCCUCUAUGAAAAAGCCAUGAGACUUCCCCUGUCACUUCCUGUAGGUCCAAGGAUACCAGCUUCAGAGCUGCAGCCUCCCAUCUGGAAUAUCUUUGCUGAAGCCCCUUCUGCAGUUCUUGAGAAUUUGAAAGCUCAAUGCUCAGUUUCCUACAACAAGAUCACAACCUUUAAUGCAGUUCGGUUUAACUACACGAUGCCAGCGAACUGCUACCACAUCUUGGCUCAGGAUUGCAGCUCUGACCUUAAGUUCUUAGUGAUGAUGAAGAAUGCAGGGGAAGCUGUGAACCUGAAAGCAAUCAACAUCAAGCUUGGCAAUCAUGAAGUCGAUAUGCGCCCUGCGAGCGGACGGGUGAAGCUGCUGGUGGAUGGGGCUGAGAGCCCAACUAAUGUUUCUUUGACAUCUGCUGGAGCUUCUCUGUGGAUCCACAGUGAAAAUCAAGGGCUUGCACUUCUCGCCCCAGCCUAUGGCAUUGAUAAACUGUACUUUGAUGGAUACACAUUCAAGAUCCAAGUUGCUUUAUGGAUGGCAGGAAAAAUGUGUGGACUGUGUGGAAAAUACGAUGCAGAAUGUGAACAGGAAUAUCGGAUGCCCAACGGAUAUGUAGCUAAAGAUGAAGUGAGCUUUGGGCAUUCUUGGAUUUUGGAAGAAAGGCCUUGUAGAGGAGCCUGCAAGCUGAGGCACGCCUUUGUGAAGCUGGAGAAGACAGUGCAGCUGGCCGGGGUCGAGUCCAAGUGCUACUCCACGGAGCCCGUGCUGCGCUGCACCAAGGGCUGCUCUGUCACCAAGACUGCCCCAGUCACCGUGGGCUUCCACUGCCUCCCUGCUGAUUCAGCUACCAGCCUGACAGACAAGCAGACGAAGUUUGACCAGAAGUCAGAGGAUAUAAAGGACACUGUUGAUGCACACAUAGCAUGUUCUUGUGAGGAUGAAGACUGCAGUACAUGAAGCUGCACAUUUGCAGCAUAAAAGAAAACAGAAAUACUUUCAUGUUUAUAUUGUGUGGUGUAAAAAACCUUGUCUUAAGGAAUAAUAGAGAUACUAAAUUAAGUAUUCAAGGAUGUGUGGAAUCUUCCCAAGUAAUUUAAAGUAUUAAACUUUAUUAUUGUAGAAAACUGUUAUGAUUGCCCAUAAAUUUCUGAUUUCAUAAUAAA